GCAGCGUUCACUUUAUUGUCCAUGAGCUAUGCGGGGAGCACACCAUCAAGCCAUCACCCUAUUCUCAUUUCUUCUUUUGUCUCUAUUGAUACUCGCCACUCGAUAUACAGAACCACACCAUGGGGAACCACAGGGAUUGGCCCAAUACUACCCUCUCUGUGAAGAUUAUUGCGGGGUUUGGCGGUUGAGGAUGGCACAGCAAUGGUGUGAAGGACAGCCUGAAGCCUGAAGGACAUGCCUGACAGCUUCAACCCGCGUCUGGGUGCUACACUAUUGGAUUCCGUAUGCAGGAUUAUAUAGGAUGUCCUGGGUAUUGAGGAGAGCGGCGACGGGCUUCAAGUCCCAACUCUGACCAGUGCGAGCCGAACACGGCAAGUCCUGACUAUGUACCGAACGCCUCUGGCUGUACGUACAGAGCUGAAGAACUAUCGUGGGAAUCUCGUGGUUGGCCAACACCCUUUUGGAUGCACCAUGACCGGUCCGGCCUGUUAUCGUCGCUUUUGUGGCGUUUUGUGCGGUAAGUCGGAGCUAUGGAAAUAUGGCCUCCUCUUUAGCAGCCGAAUCCUAGUUAUAGUCGUCACGGGCCUGAUGUUUGUAUGUCACCACCCUUUUGGUUCGACAUGUCCUUAGAAGGAAGCCCUUUAUAACCCUCAUCGAAUGCACCCCUUUUACAUGUGUGCUUACAUGGCCAUCUACUACCUUGUUGUACCCAACCUCUAAUCCAUCUGUCUGUCCAUCUCACAUCAUCUUUUUCUCUCUAUUCUAGUUAACCCGGCCGUUCUCUUACUGAAACAACAGGACACAUUGAUGUCAUUCUCUUAGCUUGUUUGAUAUCCAGUCACUGGCUGUGUGAAUCGGUUUGAUACCAGCAAAAUGAAAACCAACGGCGUUGCCAAAGCAGCUCUUGCAGUUGGACUUUCAGCCACUGCCCUCGCUCAAACCUCCUGCGACAAAGUUCUUGUCCCGUCAUAUAACCUCCCUGUCGUUGCCGCUGGAUGGCAAGCCCAACUGAUCGCCGGCGAGUUAACCAAGCCCCGAAGCCUUCAGUUUGACAGCUCGGGUGCUUUGCUGGUUGUUGAGAGCGGGAAGGGUAUCACUCAUCAUACGCUUAAAGACAAUGGAGGCACUUGUAUCUCUGUUUCUGAGUCCAAGACGCUCAUCGAUGAGAAGACGCUGAAUCACGGCAUUGCUCUCUCCAAAGAUGGCAAGACCCUCUACGCAUCUUCCGCCUCGGCCGUCUACGCCUGGGACUACGACUCCAAAGCCGGCAUCGUCAGCGGCAAGCGCGAAAUCGUCACCAACAUGAGCAACAACGACCUCGUCACCCGCACCCUCCUUCUCUCGCAAAAGGAAGACGGCUACCUGCUUGUCUCCCGCGGCAGCGCCGACGGCAACGAGGCCCAAGCCGAGGUGCUCACCAACGGUCUCUCGCAGAUCCGCGCCUUCGACAUCUCCAACAUGACCAGCUCCACCACCAAAGCCUACAACUACAACGAAGACGGCAUCGUGCUCGGCUGGGGCCUGCGCAACUCCGUGGGGGUCGGCGAGCACCCCAUCACAGGCGGCAUCUACGCCGUGGAAAACUCCAUCGACGGCGUCACCCGCAACGGCAAGGACAUUCACGAGAACAACCCGGGCGAGGAGCUCAACUUCUUUGGCUAUCUCAACGGCACCAAGAUCCUCCCCAACCAGGGCGGCAACUUUGGCUACCCCAAGUGCUUCGCCGUGUGGGACGUGUCCGAGAUUCCCAACGAGAACGACGACAAGGGCAACAACCUCAAGAUCGGCUCGCAAUUCGCCGUCAUCACCGAAGACGAAGACGCGGAGACCGUCUCGGGCAACAAACUGACAGACGAAACCUGCGCCUCCGACUACGUGAGUCCCCGCCUCACCUUCCCAGCCCACUACGCCCCCAUGGACAUCAAGUUCGCUCCCCAGGGGGACGUCGCCUACGUCACGUUCAGGGGCUCCUUUGACAAGACGGAUCCUGUGGGUUACCGGCUGUCCGCCAUCUCGUUUGAUUCUGUCACUGGCGAACCGACGGUAUCAGCGGAAAACAGCCGCGACGCUUUGCAGCAGCAGCAUCCUGUCAUGAUGAACAAAGACAAUUCGGUUUGUCCGGAGAGUUGCUUCCGACCGGUGGGCAUGGCGUGGGAUUCUAGCGAGAGGCUGUGGAUGACGAGUGAUAGCACGGGCGAGAUUUAUGUGUUGAUGAAGACGGACGAAAACCCGACGACAACGGAAGAUGGGACGAUUGUUACGGGGACUGGAUCGGGAAGCGAGAGCUCUCCGAGCGCGACGGGCAAGGGUGGCGAGGAUGAUGAUGAGAAUGCGGCGGGUAGGCUGUUGGGUGGUGGGUGGGAGACGAGGGCGUUGAUGUGGGCCGGGGUUGUGGGUGUCGCUGGGGUUUUGGCUUUGGUUUAGAGAGGAUGUUGAUGAUGAUGGUCUAGGGAUGAGUUGGAGAAGAGAUUUGUGUCUGUCUCUGAGUGUGAAUGAGGAGGUGAUGAGUGAUUGAGAUGUUACAUGAGAAUAAAGGAUGCUCAAUGUGUUGAGAAUGCUACUACUACUACCGAAGCUAUGAAGGCCAUAUUGAAAGACUAGUACGAUAUCAAUCAUCAGAAUCACCACUGAA